GUUUUACCCGUAAAAAGUUUCUAGGCAAAGUUAAAUUUCCAUGACUUCUAGCUUCCUUAUAAAACCCCAGUCAAUAAAAAAUUCAUCUCACUCUUCCUUCUCUUGACCACUAACACUCUGGCGGAGCGAAAAUAGAGAAACUAUUUGUGCCCUCUUUCUGCUUCAAGAUCAGAAAACCUUUCGAUCCUAGUUCCAAUUCCAAGCAAGAAACAAUGGCUGACGCUGCUAUCAGUGCUACUGUUAAGGUCGUCCUGGAGACGGUCAUUUCCAUUGCCGCGGACCGUGUUGGUAUGGUUCUCGGGGUCAAAGCAGAGUUGGAGAGACUAAGCAACACUGCUGCAACGAUCCGAGGUUUCUUGGCUGAUGCUGACGAAAAUGCAUAGCCCAGGGGUGCGAGAUUGGCUCAAGAAGCUAGAGGAUGAGGUUUUUAAAGCUGAUACCGUGCUGGACGAGCUCAACUACGACAAUCUUCGUCGGGAGGUGAAGUACCGAAAUCAACUCACCAAGAAGAAGGUAUGCUUCUUCUUCUCCUUCUUUAAUGCAAUUGGCUUUAGUUCCAGCUUGGCUUCAAGAUCCGGGACAUCAACACCAACUUCAAAAGGAUCAACCAGCAAGCCAAUGACUUGGGAUUGGUAACCAAGUACCAAAUUGAAGCUGCACUCCCUGCUGAUGCCGCUGGUGCCACGACAAGCAGACAGACCGACUCUAUCAUUCUUCCAAACGUUGUAGGAAGAUCCGGCGAUGAGUCAAAGAUAGUGGGGAUGCUGUUGACCCCAUCUGAAAGAGUUGUCUCAGUUAUUCCCAUUACAGGCAUGGGUGGUCUGGGCAAAACAACUCUUGCUAAAUCAGUCUACAACAAUACAAAAAUUGAUGAGAAUUUUGGCAUAAAGAGUUGGGUUUGUGUGGCUAGAAAAAUUGAUAUAGUGGAGCUGUUUAAAUUGAUUUUAAAUCGUUGACAAGAACGAAGGUUGAAGUGGAUGAUAGGGAAGCCAUAGUUCAGGAAAUUCGAGGAAAACUUGGGGAAAAAAGAUUUCUCCUUGUUCUUGAUGAUGUAUGGAAUUGUGAACCGGGAUUGUGGAGUGACUUCUUCGCCACAUUGUUGGGACUCAGUACAACUAAAGGAAGCUGGUGUAUUCUCACUACUCGUCUACAACCAGUGGCUAAUGCUGUGCUUAGGCAUUUGCAAAUGAAUGGUGGUCCUUAUUUCUUAGGAAAGCUAUCAGGUGAUGAGUGCUGGUCCAUCAUAAAAAGAAAGGUGCUCGCAAGGGAAGAGAAGUAACAAAAGAAUUGGAAGCAAUACAGGAGCAAAUUUUAAGGAGAUGCGAUGGCCUACCCUUGGCGGCAAGUUUGAUUGGUGGCUUGUUUAACAACAGAAGAGAGAAGUGGCACUCCAUUGUGCAGGAGAGUCUUUUGAAUGAAUAUCAAAGCCAAAUUAAUCAAAUACUUAAGGUGAGCUUUGAUCAUUUAUCACCUCCAUCAGUUAAGAAAUGUUUUGCAUAUUGCUCGAUUUUUCCCCAGGACACUGAAUUGGGAGAAGAUGAACUAAUUGAGCACUGGGUUGCUGAAGGUUUUGUUCUACCGGAUCAGAAAAACACAAGAAUGAUGGAGGAAACAGGAGGCGAGUAUUUGAGGAUUUUGUUACAAAAUUCCUUACUGGAAAAAGUCCAAGACAAGUUGAGGACAUACUAUAAAAUGCACGAUCUCGUGCAUGAUUUUGCAAAAUCAAUUCUCAAUCCAGAAAGCAGCAAUCAAGAUCGAUAUCUUGCAUUGAACUCUUCUGAAGGUUUGGUAGAAAAAACCACAAUGACAAUACCAGCAUCAAUUCGUACGUUAUUUCUCCAUCUAGAGGAUGGCAUAUCUGCUGGCAUGCUUUUAAGAUUCAAGUACUUGCAUGUUCUCAGAUUGUCUGGCAAUGAUGUCGUGUUUCUACCGAGCUCCAUUGGCAAACUAUUACAUUUGCGGUUGCUCGACAUUUCAUCUUCUCGAAUCAAAAGUUUGCCAGAAUCUCUUUGCAAGCUAUAUAAUUUGCAGACACUAACGAUUCGAAAUAAUGCACUUGGAGAAGGUUUUCCAAAACGGAUGAAUGAUUUGAUUAGCUUGAGGCAUCUAAACUACUAUCAUCAUCGUGCAAAAUUUAAAAUGCCGAUGCAAAUGGGACAAUUGACUUGUCUUCAAACUCUGAAGUUCUUUAAUGUAAGUCAAGAGAAGGGUUGUGGCAUCGAAGAGCUUGGGACCUUGAAAUAUCUUAGAGGAUCAUUGGAGAUAAGAAAUCUUGGACUAGUAGAGGGAAAAGAUGCAGCUAAACAAGCAAAAUUGUUCGAAAAGCCAAAUCUGUCUCGCUUAAGGUUGGACUUUAGACGGAAGAGGGGGCAUCGGAAAAGCGAUAACUGUGAUGAGGAUGUGUUCGAAGGUCUCCAACCUCACCCAAAUUUGCAAAAGUUGGAAAUUCGAUAUUUUAUGGGUACUAAAUUUUCGCAAUGGCUUAUCAAUUUGCCAAAAUUGGUGGAGUUGUGGAUAGAAGAUUGCAAGAGAUGCAGUGAACUCCCCUCAUUAGGACAACUACCAUCCCUCAAACGUCUCUAUUUGAACAAACUAGAAAACAUUCGAUCUAUUGGAGAUGAAUUCUAUGGUAUUACUACUAAUGAGGAGGGGGAGGAGAAGGGCAGAUCACGAGCAUCAGGGAGCAGCACUAGAAGACGAAAAUUCUUUCCGGCCCUUGAAGAACUCCGUGUAGCAUAUAUGAAGAAUUUGGUAGAGUGGAAGGAUGCAGACCAAGUGAGGUCAACAAUAGCCGAAGAAGCAGCAGAUGUCUUUCCCAUGCUGAUGGAUUUGAGCAUUCAACAUUGCCCCCAACUGACCACUCUCCCGUGCUCAUGCAAAAUUCUAGACGUGCAAUAUUGCCGCAAUCUAACAAGUAUAAAAACGGGUUACGGCACUGCUUCUGUUGAGAAGUUGAAGAUUGGCUGUUGCAACAAUCUUAGGGAGCUGCCAGAAGAUGUGUUUGGAUCGAGUUUGCAGCGGCUGAGCAUCGAAAGUUGCCCAAGAUUAAUUAGUCUGGGAGUAAAUGGGAAGAAAUGCCCACUACCAUGUCUUGAACGAUUGAGUAUUCAAUAUUGCUACGGGUUGACCACUAUAUCCGACAAAAUGUUCGAGUCAUGCCAGUCUCUGAGGUCCCUGUCGGUGGAGUGUUGCCCCAAUCUGGUGUCAUUUUCGCUUAAUUUGCAGGAGACGCCUUCUCUCGAGGAUUUCGCCCUGCUCAACUGUCCCAAAUUGAUCCCUCACAGGUUCAAUGGAUUUGCUUUUGCCACCAGCUUAAGAAAUUUGUGGAUCGGUCCCUUCUCCUCAGAUGACUCCUCAAUCGAUGGUUUUGACUGGUCUGGUUUAAGAUCUGCAUCAACACUGUGUAAGGUUCACUUAGAAGGGUUAUGUCACUCGGAUUCCCUGCCACACCAGCUUCAAUACUUGACUACCCUCACUUCACUAAACCUGAAGAACUUUGGACGAAUAGAAGUGCUACCUGAUUGGAUUGGAAACCUUGUGUCCCUUGAAACCCUACAGCUAUCGAAUUGCGAAAAGCUUCGAUGUUUACCGUCUGAGGCUGCCAUGAGACGACUCACAAAGUUAACAAGUGUUGAAGUUCGUCGGUGUCCUCUAUUAAGACAACGAUACACUCCCCAAAGAGGCAUCUACUUGGAGGAGUAGAUUUCAAGUUAUUUUGCCAGCAGCGAGAGCGAACAAGAAGAAGUCGAUGACAAUGAACAAGCAGGCAGAGAUGGUGAACAAAAAAGCAUUGAUAGUGUGCUCAAACAUCAGCUUCAUGGUGUUUCCCAUCGUUGCUGAAGAAGAAGAAGAGCUUAGGAGGCCAUGUUCUCGCUUAAAGGUAGGGAAAAUACAUUAGAGAAGAUUUGAGGAGGCUAUUGAUUACGUAAAUGAGCAGCUUCCUUCAGAUGAUUCCUCUGUUCCAGCUGAUCCGAUCCUAACCUGAAAAAUGCAACAGACAGGAAAGAGGCACAAAUCCCUCCGGAGCUUAUCACUCGAUGUUCAUUUGUUGCAAAAAUGUACAGAGAGGCAGUUUCCACCAGCCGAUGUGGCUCAAAUAUUGGAUUCUGCAAUUACAAGCUUGAAGCCUUGCUGCCCACAAAACCUUCCAGUUUAUACUGAAAUACAGAAGUGCAUGGGAAUUGUCAGGAACCAAAUAUUGGCGCUUAUACCUACUUAGCCAAUAAAACUUGGACGUAUUUCUUUUUCAUAUCUGCAAUGUAGUAAUUGAUUUGAUUGCCAUCUUAGCUUCUAAGGCUACCAUGACAAAGUUUUCUGUUUGUACCCACCAACAUCAAUGCAAUGAAUUAUCACUUCCAUUAUACUUCGAAUAAGGCCAUCUAUGUUCAAA